CAUUUUAAUUUGGCCGGUACUAUGCGAUUACGGUCGCGUUCAUGUUUGAAACAUGCAACAGGUGGAUCUGGUAAACCCAAGAGACAGUUUCGCUCCUCAUUGGUUUGCAGCAGGUCGCCUAAUAUUAGGACCCGGUUGCGCAGCUUUAAUGGAAAUCGAACCCCAACUCGUCCCACUCUGACCAAAAAACGUGUUGAGGUGGAUGGAUGGAGUACUUCAUCUAACGGAGCAUCUGAUCAAGAGAACCGUGAGGUGUUCAAUGAAUCCUUUUUGACUGCCCAGCGAGAAGAACACAUCGAACUCACUCCUAUUUUUUCUCCACGUCGCUUUUGCUCCGUUAAUAAAGAUCAAGCAGCCAAGAUCAAGCGUCUAAAUGCCCGCAAAAUCGAAUUUGAUGCUAAAGAAGUAACGCAGUCGUCUGAAGUAGACGCUUCUGUAGGUGCAGAUGAAUCUGUCUUGAAUCAGUCUUUAGUGGGUGAUCCACGAACAAAACUGCUAGAACUUUGCGGGCAAACAGAAGUAAGGCCCUUUUCAUCUUUCUUCGAUCCUGAAAGCCUGGAACACAUUUCAAAAGUUGGCGAAGGUGUCUAUGGUGAAGUCUUUCAGGCCAACAAAAGCAGUGUCAUAAAAAUCUUCCCAAUAGACGGUGAUAUUCCAGUUAACGGAGAGAAGCAAAUGGAGUCCGUUCGUGUCUAUCCCGAGGUUUUUAUUUCAAAAAAACUUACUGAACUUGGAUUUAAGUACCGCCGAAACCGAAGUGUUAAUUUCAUCCAACUGCGGAAAGCCGCUAUUGUUUACGGGAAGUGGCCGUCAGAAUUGACUGCAGCAUGGAAGAAGUACGAGAUGGAGCAUGGUUCGGAUAAUGAAUGUGUCGAUUUCCUCCCCAAAUCUCAGGAAUGGAUGAUCCUCGAAUUUGAUUACGCUGGCAAACCACUCGGAACCAUGAAGUUCUCCUCCCAUCGUGAAGCGCGUUCUGUGAUUGAGCAGAUAGCCAUAUCCCUGGCUGCUGCCGAAUCGGCUCUGCAGUUUGAGCACCGAGAUCUCCACUGGCUUAACGUCCUCGUGAAGCCGACCAAGCAAACGAAACUGCGCUACCGCGUCGACGGUGUGGGCUACGCCGUCCAGACCGAGGGCAUCCAAGUCUGCAUCAUCGACUUCACCGUCUCCCGUCUCUGCCACGAAGGCAACAUUGUUUACGUGGACAUGUCCAAUUCUCCUGAAAUCUUCGAAUGUGAUGGUGACUACCAGUUUGAAAUCUACCGGAUGAUGCGUGAUAUGAACGGAAAUGACUGGCGGCCGUUUCGUCCAAUUACGAAUCUGUAUUGGCUGCACUACUUGAUGGAGAAGCUCCUCCAUGAGACGUCCUAUCCCCGACGGGAUCCGGACUCGCAAGCUAUCCAAUCGGAACUCACCGCCCUCCAUGACAGCGUGCUUUCGGGCAAGUACGCUUCUGUCGCCCAAUUGGUCCGAUCAAGUUUCUACUUCGACACCUGCCGGAUCGAUUGA